AUGAUGAGCUCACCUUCUCAUUUGCAUCAGCCUUUGGGGUUGUCUCAAUAUCAAAAUAUGAUGAAUGAAUCACCAGUUAAAGCUGCUUCAUAUUAUUUUCAUAGUGAUAAUUCACAAUCAAAUGAACAUGGUCAAUUACAACAUGAUUUAAGUUUCCAAGAUGAAAAUUUUAAAUCUGGUCAUAUGAAUUUGGAUCCUGAAAUUUCUCAACAAUUUUUAUAUUCAGAUGAUAAUCAAGAUUCUUCAAAUUUUAUUGUACCAGUUUCUCAAAAUGAUUCAAAUUCUCACUUAUUACAAUAUCCUCCAAGAUUUGAUCAACAUCAACAUCAACAAGGGAAUAACACUUUACAACCACCAAUUCCAACUCAUCAUCAUCAACAACAGCAGCAGCAGCAGCAACAACAUCAACAGGGGCCUUUGAUGCAUUCUUUCCAACAUAAUCCAAAUUCUUCAUCAAUACAAUCAAAUUUAUACCCACCAAUGGAAUUUUUACCAAAUAGUCAUUCUAAUAAUAGUAUAAAUCAAAUUCCUGAAUCUACUUCAACAAAUACUUUAAGCUCUUAUGAUUCAGUUCCAUUAUUAACAUCAUCAUUAAUUUCAUCUUCAGUAUCAGAUAAUUCUAUUGCAUCACCAAUUUCUUUCCAACAUAAUUCCGCAGUUACUCCACGUCGUCCAAAUAGACGUCCUUCAUUUUCUGUUACUCCAUUACCUUCAAUUUAUCAAACACCUGCCCAAUUAACAGCUAGUGGUUCAGCAAAUAAUUUGAAUAAUUUGACUUUUACAAAUGGUUCAAUAACUUCACCAAUUGCCCUAAAAACAGGCGGUGGUGUUACUCCAACUACAGCUUCAAGACGUCCAAGACAUAGAAGAACAAGAUCAAGAUUAUCAUUAGAUGCAAACGGAGCUGCUUCUAUAGUGACUAUAAAUCCAUCAAAUUCUUUAAAUAAUAUAAAAUCACCAGCUAAUUUUGCUUUACAAAAUCAAAGUGGUUCACAAAGUGCAGGUGGUUUAUCAAAUAAUAGUGGUACAAAUCCAUUUUAUACACCUCCAGCUUUCUUAUCACCUCAUCAAGGUUCACCUGCAACAACACCAUUAGCAACACCAUCAAUUGAAAAGAAAAGAUCUCAAUCAAAUUUUGAAUCAAUUUCUCCUUCAAUGUUGAUGAAUUCUGGAUUAAUUCCACAAAAUAAUUCAAUGAUGAAACAUCAAGAAUCUUCAUCUAAUGAAAAAAAUGAUGAAAAUGAUGAUACUGUAUUUAUGGCUGCUGCUGAUUUAACUAUGAAAUUAGCUUCAAAAUUAGCAAAUCAAUCAUCAGAUCCUCAAAAAUUCUUGGUCGAUCCAUUAAAUUCUGAUAUUAAUCAAUUUAAUAUUGAUCAAACUCCAAAAAUUCCAUAUGUUCAACAACAACAACAACAACAACAACAAAGUCAUCAAUCACAACAACAACAUCACCAUGGAAUUUUAGGUUCUUCAUUUGAUUCAAAACCAAACAUUUCAAGAUCUCAAUCAUCAAUAAAUUUAGCUUCAAUUGCAUCUUCAUCAUCAUCAUCAACAGAAAAACCUCAUACAACAACAAAUCCAAAUGAUCCAUAUCAAGUUAAACAUUAUGAUAUUUUACAACCACGUAAAAAAAUUCAAAAAUCAAAUUCAACAACAAAUAUAAAUGAUUCACUUAAUGGUAAAAAACCUAAAAAAGUUCAUGCUUGUCCUCUUUGUGCUGCAGUUUUCCAAAGACCUGAGCAUGUUAAAAGACAUAUGAGAUCUCAUUCAAGUGAAAAACCUUAUGUUUGUGAUGAACCAGGUUGUGGGAAAAGAUUUAAUAGAGGUGAUAAUUUAAAAGCUCAUCUGAGAAAAAUUCAUCAACGUCCAAUUUGA